GCCCGGGCUGAAAGUUCACUCGUAGCCAUAACUGCAGGGCACUGGCAACAUGGAGCCGAGUACAUGUCAACUUUCCUGUAUUUUAUAUGCAUUUCUUUUUAUUUCCUCGUGUUUCACACAGGGCCAGGCUAACGGAGAGUGUCCUGAUGAUGAACGCAUGUGGGUGCCGUUUGGCCAAAGCUGUUACCAUUUUGUCCAUGGAGAGGAGGAUGUUGCCAAGAGAUACUCCAUCGACCAAGCAAGAGACAAGUGCGGUGGCUUUGGCCUUCUCACAGUGCCCAAUGCCCAAGUGAACAACUUUGUCGUCGAUUACAGCCUCAAGCAGUGGAAAGGCAACAUUAAUAUCUGGUUGGGAAUGUACUACAGCAGUGAUGUUGAUGAGUUUAAGUGGAAUGACGAGACUCCUUUAAGCUAUAAGAACUGGGAGGAUGGUCCUAAUAUAGAAGAUCUGGAGAUGCCCCUCGUUGACACAUGUGUGAUGCUGCAUGCCUCCUCUGGCAAAUGGGAGAAUGUCAGCUGUUCGAGGCAAGAGGAGAAUGGAGUGGUGUGUGAAACGGCUCAGAAAGAAACCAAGGCAGGGAAAAACAGCAAUAGUCCUCUCCUCUUGGCGCUGGUUGUUCUGAGCGUGGUGGUGAUUCUGGGCCUGUCCUUAGUCUUCUGGUUCAUCCAGCAAAGGAGCAGCUCUGGCCUGUUCCUGUUGCCGUCUUUCGAGUACCACCCUCCUUUCAGGUCGCCCACAGCUGACCAGACCUGCCUGGUGGAGGCCGAAGAGUUUGAGGAAAUGUCCUGAAGACCGGAGACCUGGGCCUUACUGAUGCUCUUGGAUUUCUAGUUACGCCCCAUUUUAAGAUUUAACAUCACUGUGUAAGAUCGGGUAUACAAUACAAAAAUAAUUAUCUGUUUUUCAGCCUUGAGAUACUAAUACAGGAGGUAUGUUUGGUAAAUAUGCAGUAGUUCAAUUGACCUCUUCCAGCUUUACUUUGGGUCAACCUGGGUUUGUCUGUUAGGCCUUAUUGGUAACAGGUGGUAUAUGGGAGAAAUGCAAGGAGAGUUUCGUCCUAAAAUGCUUUUUUUACCUGUUUUUGCAACAUUUGGAGGAGCAGCUGAGGAAAGAUUCCGUCUAAAUAUUAGCUGAGUAACGUCUGAGGUGUUUUUGACUGUUGGCACGUAUAUGUGACGGACACCAUGGCUUUCGUCCAGGGCAGUGAAGCAGCAUUAAUGGGACCGUGUUUUGAUAUAGUAGACAAAGUUUGUCUUUUGAAUGUUGCCAGAACCUUUCAAAAACCUUUGAAGUAUACCUUCCCGAAGACUUCAAAGUUCUAAGCAGGGAUUUGGGAAGCCUUUUUGUGUGUCUGUGUGAGGGAGAGAAAUCACUGGUACUCUGGUAUUUUCUCUCCAUUUCCUAAUCAUUAUUCUGUCCCUCUGUGAGACAAUAUUCAAGAAACAUCUGUGAUUAUUCAUUUGGAAGUAUAAAAAAGAAUGUGUGAACAAACAAUGCAGAGCUUUUUAAUGGUUAUGUACAAUAUGAGCUAGUGUCCAGAUUUUAGUACAUAAGUACUGAAGCUGCUAUUUUGUAGUAGUGAAUUAUCUGCUUGUGGUUGUACUCUGUGUUUUCCUGCAUCUAUAUAUCAUGUAAAGCACCUGAGUGAGGAGGCACCAUAGAAAUUAAUAUAAUUUUUUUUUCAAUGUUAUCACAGGACAUUGUAGUGUGAUGAGGAAUUCCAGGAAGUGUCACUGUCACAUUCAGUAUUGACACAGAAUUAGGGCACACAUUUAUGCAUGUUGCUAUUCAAACUCAAACAUCAUAUGGCUGCAUUUCUUUUAUGAUUUUUUGUACCCAUGAUUCCAAGCGUAAUGUGUGUGUGUGGAAAUAGUGUUUGAUAUCAGUAUUUUUUUCUGUGGGUUGUCGAAUUGGUCUGUUUCACUGCUGUCUGCAUGUACCUGCCUUCAUGGGUGAAGAUCCUUUAGGACACAAAGCUUUUCACUUUGAGGAUAUUUUAUAAAAAAGAAAAUCAGUUUUUACUUUUAUGUCCAAUGUUACGCAGAAGUCAAGAGGUCACUAUCCUGUAAAACACUGAUUAUGGCUUGAUCUUUGUGCAUACAAAAAUAAAAGCUGUUUCGUAGAACUAAAAUA